CCCUGCCACAGCCACCCAAUAAGAGAAGAGAGACAAAUUACAACCAAUAUUAUUAUAAACCCUAAUCCAAAAUCCAAAUUCCAAGUACUUGAACAGACUUGAACAGAGAGAGAGUAUUCAGAGAGAGAGGGUGGGCUACCUUUACUUUAAGUUCUUGAAAGAAAAAAGAAAAAAGAAAACAAAAGAAAAGAGGAGAGACACAUGCAGCACCAUUUUUAUUAAAGAAAGUGGAGAGAGGAUAAUAAUAACAAGAAAAAGAAGAAAGGCAAGGAGAGAAGGUGGUGGUGUUGCUAGGAGAAGUAAUAGUGAUAGAUAGCAGAAGAAGUGCAGAAUAAGAGAAGAGAAUUAGUAAUAUUAUUAUUAAUCGAGAUGCGUGCACAAAAUAUUAUUAAAAAUAAAUCUGACAAUUCGUCCUCCUCCUCCUUCUCCGUACUCCUCCUAUUUCUACUUUUGAUCCUCAUUUUGCCCAGUAUCUAACUCUGUCGCUGUUUUCUUGGAUUUUGAUUCUUUUUCUUCAUAUGCUUGAAUCGAUCUGCGGAUGCAUUCUUGAUGGAUCAGGUAUCAGUUAGUAAAAUAUUUCUUGUGCUUCCUUUUGCUGCUGCUGUUUAAGGGGAUCUUUUUUGUUGCUAUAAUGAUGUUAACUUUAAUUGUGGUGUAAAUACUGGUAAACAGGUGUCAGAUUUGUGAGUGGCUAUUAUUUUUCUUGUUGUUAGGAUUCCAUACCCCUCCCUGGAUAUAUUUUGUGAUUCUCGGAGGAUUUUCUUAAUUUCUUUCUCCUUUCUUUCUUGAUUUCUUCUUAAUUACAUUUAAAAUGUCAAAAUAUCAUACAAAUUAAUCAGUCCCACCUUUUUUUCCUUCUUGCGGGGGUUUCAACUUUAGUCAACUCAGUUCAUUUCUUGAUUAUCUUUCCAAAUUCCCUCUAAAUUCUCCUAAAGUCAAAGAAGAGUUUUCUUUUAGUAGUGGGGUGUCGUGAUUUAAAUUGGAUUGGUUUUGCUUUCUAUGGGAAUACCUGAUUCUUCUCUAUUCUAUCUACUACACAAAGUUAGGUCUUGGAUUUCUUGGGGAGCAAGUGAUCUUUCACCAUCUUGUUUGUCUGCUAACUUCGAGAUGUCUAAUAACGAUACCGUCAACAUGUGUAGUGAGUGUGAUUCAAAUAAUAACCAGUUUUCUAACGGAUACCGUUGCCAAAGUUGUGGUAAGUGGUCAUGUUUCAAUUGUAUGAGAGGGUACCAAUCUAAUGUUGUGAACUGCAACGGUGAUUUUGGGGAGGUUAUCAAAUACUGUAAGUUUUGUAAUGGGGUUACUGUGAAACGUGAUGGUGGAAGGAAGAAUAAUGAGAAAGUACAUCCUACUGACUCUCCAAGAGGGAGCCCCGAGCCACCUUCACCUUCUUUUGAUGCUGCAUCGAUCCAGAGUGAUCAUCUUGCCCACUAUCUUGAAUCCAGGGAUUGUGGGUUUUCUCCUAAUACAAUAACCUCCAGGAGUAUGACUUCUUUUAGUGCUCACCCGUCUCCCGUUUCUGUUCGUCGUUCAUCAAGCAGGAGUGAUGAGGACGAAGCAGGGGAUUCUGGGAAGCUCUUUUACAGCCCAUUGAGUGAGUACUCUCAUGAUAUUUCGGGUAUAGAUUCAACUAGUGUUAGUGCCAGGCUUGAGUUUUGCAAUUGUAAGUCAGUGGGAUCGAGUCCUUUAGACAGCCCGUCUAGGAUUGAUUUUAGUUCCUAUAGAGUUGGGCAUACUGUACAGAGGGGGCGAGAAGGAAGCUCAUUGUCUCAAAGUGACGGUCCCUUUGAUAAAGAAAAUAUGGUAAUUUUAAGAAGGCCUGAUAAAAGGACCGAGGAUCCAGAGAAUGCUGAUGAUUACUCUGAUGAUGUGUCAGUGUUGAGGGAUCACUAUGACAAGUCCCAAAAGCCACUGGAUUUUGAAAGCAAUGGUCUUAUCUGGUUUCCCCCACCCCCCGAGGAUGAAAAUGACGAAACAGAGAGUAGUUUCUUCACAUAUGAUGACGAAGAUGAUGAUAUCGGGGAUUCUUCUGCAAUUUUCUUACCAAGUAGUAGCCUCUCUUGUACGUUUCCAUCAAAGGAAAAUCAGAAUGAGAUUAACAAGGACCCUCUUAAAGCUGUGAUACAGGGGCAUUUUAGGGCUCUUGUAGCGCAGCUUUUACAGGGAGAAGGUAUCAAAGCCAGCAAGGAGGAAACCAAUGAAGAAUGGCUUGACAUAGUCACAACAAUUGCAUGGCAAGCUGCGAAUUUUGUAAAACCAGAUACCAGCAGAGGAGGCAGUAUGGAUCCGGUUGACUAUGUAAAGGUUAAAUGUAUAGCAUCAGGAAAUCCAAGUGAUAGCACUCUUGUAAAGGGGGUAGUUUGUACAAAAAAUAUAAAGCACAAGCGCAUGACCACACAAUACAAAAAUCCCAGAUUACUUCUUCUAGGAGGAGCGCUUGAAUAUCAAAGUGUUGUGAAUCAGCUGGCAUCUUUCAAUACAUUAGUGCAAAAGGAAAAUGAUCAUCUCAAGCUGAUCAUGUCGAAAAUAGAGGCUCUUCGCCCAAAUGUUCUUCUGGUUGAGAAAAGCGUAUCUCCAUUUGCCCAAGAAUAUCUAUUGGGAAAGGAAAUUUCCUUGGUGCUUAAUGUGAAAAGGCCUUUACUGGCACGUAUAGCUCAGUGCACUGGUGCUUAUAUUAUUCCAUCGUUUGAGAAUAUUUCUACCACACGACUGGGACACUGCGAACUAUUCAGGGUAGAGAGAGUGUUUGAAGAACAUGAGACUAGCAAUCAGUUCAACAAAAAGCCAUCUAAAACAUUGAUGUUUUUUGAAGGGUGUCCAAGGCGUUUAGGUUGCACGGUCCUGCUGAGGGGUACAUGUCGUGAAGAGCUAAAGAAGGUUAAGCAUGUUAUUCAAUAUGCUGUUUUUGCUGCCUAUCACUUGUCCCUUGAGACUUCUUUCCUUGCUGAUGAGGGUGCAAGUCUUCCUAAGCAGACAGUUAGACCCUUGAUUGCUAUUCCUGAGAGGACAGCAGCAGAUGAAUCCAUUUCAGUUAUAUCUCCAAUAACUCACCAUGCUGAAGUUGCUUUGUCUGCUCAAGAUAAUGAUGGAUCACUGGGUGUUAAACCAGAGCAUGAAGGAUCAGAAUCGUUGACUGGGGACCUUGAUGCUGGUGUCAUUCCUCCCUUAUCUCCACAUUCUGUCACUUGUAAGUCCGGAAAUGAACUCUCUAUGGCAUACCUUGGUGAUUUAGUGUCGGAUGUGGGAAGAUUGGAUUCAUUUUCCAUAAGUCAAUGUGAGGGUCUAAAGAUUUCUGUUGUGCCUCCUCCUGGUAUCAAUAGUCUUUCACUACCAGAACUACAAGAUAUGAUGGCUCAAGAGGGGGGGCAACAUUUGGAGGCUCGUGAGUUAGUACAACCUGAGAAGAUUGAUGAAGAUGAAGUUUCCAGUGAAUACUUCUCUGCCACUGACACAUACCAGAGCAUAUUAGUAUCAUUUUCAAGCCGUUGUGUGCUGAAAGGAACUGUAUGCGAACGCUCACGGCUUCUGCGCAUAAAAUUCUAUGGAUCUUUUGAUAAGCCACUUGGAAGAUAUCUUCGUGAUGAUCUGUUUAAUCAGAAAUCAUGCUGUAAGUCAUGUAAGGAGCUAGCUGAAGCACAUGUUCUGUGUUUCACUCAUCAGCAGGGCAAUCUUACAAUCAAUGUUAGAUCCCUUUCUUCUGUAAAACUACCUGGAGAACGUGAUGGUAAGAUAUGGAUGUGGCACCGAUGCCUAAGGUGUGCUCACAUAGAUGGAGUCCCGCCAGCAACUCAUAGAGUUGUUAUGUCAGCUGCUGCCUGGGGACUUUCUUUUGGAAAGUUUUUGGAACUGAGCUUUUCAAACCACGCAACUGCCAAUCGUGUUGCACCCUGUGGUCAUUCAUUGCAGAGAGACUGUCUUAGAUUCUAUGGGUUUGGGAGCAUGGUUGCGUUCUUCCGGUACUCCCCUAUUGAUAUUUUGAAUGUCCAUUUGCCACCUUCAGUGCUUGAAUUCAACAGCACCAUUCAGCAUGAGUGGAUAAGGAAAGAGGCAUCUGAGCUCUUGGGCAAAAUGGAAACCUUCUAUGGUGAGAUAUCUGGUGUGCUUGACAGCAUGGAACAGAGAAGUAAAUAUUUUGGAGGUGAAUUGUCAGAUACCAAUGAGUUACAGAGUUACAUCAUGGAGCUGAAAGAUCAACUCUUGAAGGAAAAGGAUGAUUACAAUGUCAUGCUACAACUGGCUGUUAUGGAGAGUUCAGAUCAGACUGUCGUUGACAUUUUAGAACUCAAUCGCUUAAGACGUGCUCUUCUAAUUGGUUCUCAUGUUUGGGAUCAGAAGCUUUUUUCACUGGACUCUGUCCUUAAAACAAAUUCUCUCAUUAAGGCUAAAGAAGGUGGGGUGUCUUAUACUGAGCUCAAAGAUUUCAGAAAUGAUAUAUUUUGCAAGGAUAGCAAGUUUGACCGUGAUCAUGAAGAAAAUAUCUCUGGGUAUUCAAAAUCAAAAGAGAUUGUUUGGAAUGAUUUUCAGUCAGAGAAGAAAGAAACAAGUCCUUCCUUCGAAAUUUUUUUACCUGAGCAUUCAUUGCUGCCACUUCAUCAUAACACAGAGGAUGAAGUGCACGCAGAUGGGGAAACUGUGAAUAAGACAUUCUUUAAUGACAUCCCUUCCCAUGCAUCCAAUCUCUCUGACAGAAUUGAUUCUGCAUGGACAGGUACCAAUCAACUUCCAAUUAAAGUUCAACCUCUACAUGCACCGCAGGCAGAGGCAGAUGGAUUCCAACCUGGGUCUGUCAGGCAGCCAAAUUUGUAUGAUAAUCCUCCUUUUAGAAGGAUGAUGGCACCAUUGAGAGUUCAUUCUUUUGAUUCUGCAUUGAGAGUCCAAGAAAGGAUUCAGAAAGGGUUGCCUCCUUCAUUGCAUUUGUCAACUAUCAGAUCAUUCCAUGCAUCUGGAGACUACAGGAGUAUGCUGAGAGAUCCUGUUUCAGUGAUGAGGACUUAUUCCCAGACAUUGCCACUGGAAGCACAGAAGUUGAAUUUAAUUCCCAAUUCCACGGGCACCUUGAUCUCUUCUGCUGCUAAUAUGGCUGGAGGAGCUCGGUUACUGCUACCAAUGAGGACCAGCAGUGAUAUAGUUAUAGGUGUGUAUGACAAUGAUCCUGCAAGUGUAGUUUCAUAUGCCCUCAGUUCCAAGGAAUAUGAGGAUUGGGUUACUGAUAGUUCAAAUGAGAAUGGAGGAAUCUGGAGUACAUUUGAGCGGAGUAAAGAAGCUUCUGCAGCUUCCUCUUUUACAGCCUGGCAGUCUUUUGGUUCUGUGGACUUGGAUCAUAUCAGUUAUGGAGGUUAUGGGUCUGAAGAUCCUUCAUCAUCCUUGGGUAACUUGUUUAUGGUUUCAAAAAAAUCUCCACAUCUGACAAUUUCUUAUGGGGAUGAUUCUUCCUUUGCUGGAGGCAAAGUGAAGUUUUCUGUUACUUGUUAUUUUGCGAAGCAGUUUGACUCUCUUCGGAAGAAAUGCUGCCCUAGUGAUGUAGAUUUUGUUCGUUCACUGAGUCGCUGCCAGAAGUGGAGUGCUCAAGGAGGGAAAAGCAAUGUAUACUUUGCCAAGUCAUUGGAUGAGAGAUUCAUCAUAAAACAAAUAAAAAAGACCGAGUUGGAGUCCUUUGAGGAAUUUGCACUGGAAUAUUUCAAGUAUCUGACUGAUUCUCUCAAAUCAGGGAGCCCAACUUGCUUAGCAAAAAUUCUUGGUAUUUAUCAGGUUACUGUAAAGCACUUGGGAGGUGGCAAGGAAACAAAAAUGGAUUUAAUGGUGAUGGAAAACCUCUUUUUUAACAGAAAUAUUGCUAGAGUUUAUGAUCUUAAGGGCUCUUCUCGAUCCCGCUAUAAUCCAGACACAUCUGGGCCCAACAAGGUCUUACUUGAUAUGAAUCUGGUGGAAACACUGCGUACAGAUCCCAUAUUUCUUGGAAGUAAGGCAAAGAGAAGCCUUGAGAGAGCUAUAUGGAAUGACACAUCAUUUUUAGCGUCUGUUGAUGUUAUGGACUACUCUUUGCUCGUUGGAGUGGAUGAUGAGCGGAAGGAGCUGGUUUUAGGUAUCAUUGAUUUCAUGAGACAGUACACAUGGGACAAGCAUUUGGAGACGUGGGUCAAGGCAUCUGGAAUCCUCGGCGGUCCAAAAAAUGCUUCCCCAACAAUUGUUUCUCCAAAACAAUACAAGAAAAGAUUCCGAAAAGCAAUGACUUCAUACUUUCUCACAGUUCCUGAUCAAUGGUCUUCAUGAACUGAAUCAUUGCAUUCUUUUCAUUCAUAAUCAUUUGUUCAUUAAUAAGGCAAUAGGAUUAUAGUUAGAGAGAUGAGGGGGAAGGAUGCAAUCCAGUCCCAGCAAUGUUUUUUCCUUUUGUUUUUUUGGGUGAAAUCUUGUAUACGAGGGAAUAGAAAUUCCUUGUAGAGAGGUCUUUGUACAUCUUUUUAUACAUGUGCAAUUGUCACCUCGAAGAAGAAACCUCAAAUAUACUUUGUACUAUGAUCCUUUUCCUUUGAUGGCAAGAAUAGCUGGUAAACUUGA